AUGUCGACCGCGGACGAGCUCAAGGCUCUGGGCAACAAGGCCAUCGCCGCCAAGGACUUCGACGAGGCUAUUGACAAGUUCACACAGGCUAUCGAACUCACGCCUGACAACCACAUUCUCUACAGCAACCGCUCAGCAGCAUACGCCUCCAAGAAGGAGUGGGACAAUGCCCUGAAGGAUGCCGAGAAGACCACCGAGCUGAAGCCUGACUGGGCCAAGGGUUGGGGUCGCAAGGGCAGUGCACUCUGGGGCAAGGGCGAUCUGCUGGGGGCAACCGACGCAUACGAGGCCGGUCUGAAGAUUGACCCUAACAACGCCGGCCUCAAGAACGACCUGGCUGGUGUGAACAGGGCCAUUGAGGCCGAAGUGAGCGGAGGUGCAGGCGGCAUGGAUCCUGCUGCUGGCCUAGGCCAGAUGUUCAGCGAUCCCCAGCUCAUCCAGAAGCUCGCCGCCAACCCCAAGACGAGCGCCUUCCUCGCCGAUCCGACGUUUAUGCAGAAGCUCCAAUCCAUUCAGCAAAACCCCAAGAACACUCAGGAUCUCUUCAGCGACCCCAGGCUCAUCCAGGUGCUAGGCGUCCUGAUGGGCGUCGACAUGCAGAUGGGCAUGCCCCCAGAGGGAGCCAACACUGCGGAUGCGUCCAAGAUGCAGGAGGACCAGGAGAUGCCGGAUGUGAUGCCCGAGCCUAAGAGGCCCGAGGCUCCCAAGAAGGCACCGGAGCCCGAGCCUGAGCCCGAGGACGAGGAGGCCCUGGAGACGAAGAAGGCCAAGGAGGCCGCCGACAAGGAGAAGGCCCUGGGCACCGAGAACUACAAGAAGCGCAACUUUGACGAGGCCAUCAAGCACUACCAGGCCGCCUGGGACCUGCACAAGGACAUCACCUACCUCAACAACCUCGGCGCAGCCUACUUCGAGAAGGGAGAUUACCAGGCCUGCAUCGACACGUGCACCAAGGCUGUCGAGGAGGGCCGCCAAAUCUACGCCGACUUCAAGAUGAUCGCCAAGUCGUACGCGCGCAUCGGCUCCGCCUACGAGAAGCAGGGCGAUCUGGCCAACGCCAUCGACUUCUACAACAUGUCGCUGCGCGAGCACCGCACGCCCGAGGUCGUGACCAAGGUGCGCGCCGCCGAGCGCAAGAAGAUCGAGGACGCCAAGAAGGCCUACGUCAACCCGGAGGAGGCCGAAAAGGCGCGCGAGGAGGGCAACAAGAAGUUCAAGGAGCAGGACUGGCCGGGCGCCGUCGCCGCCUACACGGAGAUGGUCAAGCGCGCGCCCGAGGACCCGCGCGGCUACAGCAACCGCGCGGCGGCGUUCGUCAAGCUGCUCGAGUUCCCGAGCGCGCUCGAGGACUGCGACGCGGCCAUCAAGCGCGACCCCAAGUUCAUCCGGGCCUACAUCCGCAAGGCGCAGGCCUACUUUGGCAUGCGCGAGUACAGCAAGUGCCUCGACGCGUGCACCGAGGCCGAGACGGUCGACAAGGAGUCGCACGGCGGCGCCAACGCGCGCGAGAUCGAGGCGCAGCAGCAGAAGGCGUUUGCGGCCAUGUACUCGGCCCGGGAGAACGAGUCGGAGGAGCAGACGCGGGAGAGGCUGAUGAAGGACCCCGAGAUCAUGGGCAUCAUGCAGGACCCCGUCAUGCAGGCCAUCCUGCAGCAGGCGCAGUCCGACCCGGCCGCGCUGUCGGAGCACAUGAAGAACCCCAACGUCCGGUCCAAGAUCCAGAAGCUGAUUGCGGCUGGCGUGAUCCGCGUCGGUCGUUAA